CGACGGAGAAGCUUGGGCAGCGAGCAGGCGGAGGAGGAGGGGCGGGGGGUCUCCGGGCCGGGACGGCCGGGCCCCAUGGGCGGGUGUGUGGGCUCUCACCACGACUCUUCGGGCAGCCUCAAUGAGAACUCGGACGGCACCGGAGUUGCCCUUGGCCGUAAUCAGCCCCUGAAAAAGGAGAAACCGAAAUGGAAAAGUGAUUACCCCAUGACAGAUGGACAACUGCGUAGCAAGAGAGAUGAAUUUUGGGACACCGCCCCUGCUUUUGAAGGCCGCAAGGAAAUCUGGGAUGCCUUGAAGGCUGCAUCACAUGCGUUUGAGAACAAUGAUCAUGAACUGGCACAAGCAAUCAUUGAUGGUGCAAAUAUAACUUUACCACAUGGUGCUCUGACAGAAUGCUAUGAUGAACUGGGAAACAGAUACCAGCUUCCUGUCUACUGCCUUGCCCCACCCAUCAACAUGAUAGAAGAGAAGGGUGACCUAGAGACUCUGGAUUUUCCAGAUCCACCGCCUAACUCCGGUCAUGAAUGCCAGCUUCGUUUACGUCUCUCAACAGGCAAAGACCUCAAACUUGUGGUCCGCAGUAUGGACACUGUGUAUCACAUGAAGAGGCGACUACACACAGUGGAAGGCGUAGAACCUAGAAGUCAGCGAUGGUUUUUUUCAGGCCGGCCACUCGCAGACAAAAUGAAACUGGAGGAACUGAAAAUACCAAGGGAUUAUGUGGUACAAGUAAUUGUGAGCCAGCCCUUAACAAAUCCUGUCUUGGUGGAGAACUGAUUUUUGCCUAUAUGCCUCUUCUUUCUUUUCCCUGCUCUUCUAUCAUGUGGGGACUUUUUCACUUUCCAUUCUCUCCUGCAAAUGGUUUGGUUCCAAGCAAAGGCCAGCAAACACUCCAUCUGUGAUGGAAUUUAGGUAAAAACAUACAUGAGCAAAUAUAUGCACACACAAACCUUACGUAUAAACACACAGUCCCUGUUCCUAAAUUAUCCUUGGAGGCUUUGUUCAAUUUAGUAUUUCUUGACACCACUCUUAACAAAGUAAAUGGAAAAAUGCUUGCGAUAGAAUGAGCCUGAAAUUCAAGGUUGGUAAUGCUAAAACUGUGCUUUGAACUGUAAGUGAUGUAUUGAUCCAUGAAGGUGAAAAGCACUUUUUAAAGGAUUAAACCAAAUGGAACUGUUUCAUGAAAUCAGUGUCACUUAUAGUUCAGCUGAUCAUUGUAGCUCCCCUGGCUAAUCUAGCAUGCUGUGAUAGUUGUAGGGGUUCUUUCUAUUAGGGUUUUAUUUACUGGCUCAAUAAGACUCCUGCUUAAUUGCAAGUAGCAAAGAACUAGAGGUACACUCCAAUAAUGGUAUAUUCUCAAAUUCAGGUUUUACUACAUUUUGGUACAUUCCAAUUUAGCAACAAUUUGCUAGGGCUGACUUCAGGGUGUAUAAAUACUGCCAUCUGACAAAUUAGGCAAUAAUUUAUUAAAUACAUAAUUUCUUGUCUACUGUAAGCUGUCCACUAUAAGGAAACUUGCUGUACAAAUCUCUGUCACCAAUAAAAGGGCCUACCAAUAAUUCUACACUAUUAUGAUAGAUGAAAAAUCAAUUAUUCAAAGUUUACCAGUUUGAAAAUAUUAAAGGCACAGGACAUCUUUUAUUUAAUAUGUUCAGCUCUGAUGUUUAGAACAAUAAUUUUGAAUCUUCUUUACCCUCAAAAAUAGCAAUGAACUAAUUAGGAAAAAAGCACAAGCUGGUUUCAUACACUUUUCUAAUAAGAGUUCGACUUGCUUGAUAGCAUUUUUACCCACUGAUAUUUGUAUUUUCUUGCCAUAAUCAAAGCUGAGGUUUUUAUUCCUACUCAGAUUAAAUAUACAUAUGUAUGUAUGCGCACACACUCAGACACACAUACACUGUCAUUGUACACAGAAUGAGAGAAAAUUAUGAGAAAGGAUUGGAAAAAAAAACCCUCACUAGCAGGUGAAAAUAUUACUAGCCUGUAUAGCACUAGAUCUUUCCAAUAUACCAUUAGACCCAUAAGUACAUUUUAGGGAUUCUGCAUUGCAUGUAGAAUUAUGUUAUUUUCCCUGAAUUCCUAAGUAAGUUAUAGAGAUGGAAGCUUGCAUUAAGACUGGGUUAAUUUAGUUUGUAAAAGCAGCAUAUAUACCCCAUAAACAUUUAAAUAAGAGAGCAUCUUUCAAGUGCUCUUAACUUCCAUGACACCUGUUCAUACUUAUGCAUUUAACAGUGUAUAAAGAGUGCCUGUGGCAAAUAGAUUAUAACUUUUUAUAGUUGAUAGGUUUUAAAUGAUGUUGUCAUUUAUCUAGACCUCAGUGUGAACCUUAGCAAUAUCAUACAGGAUUUUUCCCUUUAGAAUCUGAAGGUAAGAUAUUCUUUAGGGGAGUAGGUACAGUAUAUCCUUUUAAGAGUGUUUUGAGCGACAUUAGUAAUGAUUCUCUCUAGAAUAAUAAAUACAUUGGAGAAUGGCACUGAUAAAAUGUAUCAGAACAAUGGGCAUAUUCAUUAAAUAUAUUAUUUUAAA